UCCCAGAGGAUGAACGGUGGGUUGCCGGUCGCGGACCCGCUCGCCCCGUGCCCCCCGGACACCGCCCUCCCCUCGCCCAGUCCCCCUCCCCCGUCGGGGCCAGCGGUGCCCCCCGCAGGCUGGGAGGAGUUCUGCCAGCGCCACGCCCGGCAGGCAGCCCUCGCCUUCGCCUGCCAGCUGCGCGCCUUCCUGAGGGAGGGGGAGGCUGCGAGGCGGGGGCCGGAGGUGGACGGCGGGGAGCGAGCCUCGGCCUUCGGGCGCCUCUUCGCGCGGCACUUUGUGCGCAGCUUUGAGGAGGAGGUGGGGGCCAGGCGGAGGGUCUCGGGGACGGAGGGAGAGGAGGAGGAAGAGGGGGAGGAGGGGAGAAGCGAGUCCUCGCUCUCCUCUCCGGCCUCCCCUCCUUCGCCGGCGCCCCCCUCGCAGGCCCGAAGCACCGAGGAGCUGGAGAAAGCCCCCCGACUCCGCAAGAGGUUCUCCCUCCGCAGCGUGGGCCGCACGGUGCGAGGGAGCGUCCGGGGAAUCCUCCACUGGAGGGGAGGAGGAGGAGGAGGAGGAGGAGGGAGCGAGGAGGGGGCUGGGGAGAGGCGGAGGGCCAGCGCCGGGCACGCCCCGUCCCCCUCGGCCCCCCGCUCCGCUGAGCGGCAGGAGCGUUGGACCCACCGCUUCGAAAGGCUGCGGCUUGCCAGGGCGACGCCCGCCCCAGCCGAACAGCGCGACGUCAGGCGCGAGGGGCUCCUGCAGUACGUGGCGGCAGACGAGGCCGGGACGGGGCGCAACCGAUGGGCCAAAUGUCGGGUGGUCCUCCGGCGAGGGGCGGAGGGAGAGGGAUAUCGCCUGGAGUUCUACACACCUCCCAAGUCGAAGGGCAGACCCUGCAUGGCGGUUCGUCCCCCAGUCGAAGGGCAGACCUUGCAUGGCGAUUCCUCCCCCAGUCGAAGUGUGGUCCCACACACGGCGUUGCUUCCCCCGAGUCGAAGGCGGUCCCCCGCAUGGUGA